UUAUCUUAAUUCUUUCCUAAAUUCCUCCAAAUUUUCUUUUAGAAUCUAGAGUUAUUAGCAUGGACGUGUUAAUAGCAGCCAAAUGUUUGGAAGCAAUUAUUAUUUAGUGUCCUUUUAAUCAUAGGAAAAAUGUUAAAAAUAAAGUCCUUUCCAUUUUCAUUACUUUUUUUAGCAUACAAGUGUGAUAUUAUUCUUACUUUUUCCCACUGAAAGUCAUUCUGCUGUUGAUCAUGGCAUAUCUGAGUUUGCUUAGCCCGUCUUUGCUUAUUCAACUCCAUCUGUAAAAAGAACUGCUCCUUGAGUGAAUCUGACUGGAAUCAGGUGUGAUAGGGGCAAGAGGUCCCAAUGCCUCAAGAGAAGUAUAUCAGAGAACUCCCUGGUAGCAAUGGACUUCUCAGGUCAGAAAAGCAGAGUUAUAGAAAAUCCCACCGAAGCUCUUUCAGUUGCAGUUGAAGAAGGACUCGCUUGGAGGCCAUCCAUCGGUCCCAGCCAUGGUUUCACCACAAGAUUUUCAGAGAUGAAGCUCAGCGAUUGAUUAUUCAGCAAGGACUUGUGGAUGGGUAAGUUUGAUACUUUUAGUGUUGAGUAGAAUUUGGGUUUGGAUUUUGGAUUUGGUUUGGAUUUUGCCAGUAAAUAAUAAUCAUUUAUUCAGUGAACACCAAGUGUUUUUAAUUUUGGCUUUUCAUAACACAGAAAUGACUUUGUUCUGUAAGAGUGGCUAUCACUGAAUUCUAGCAAUAUCUGUAUAAUACCCAGUACACAGAGUGUGCUUAGUAUUUGUGUAUAAAUUAACAGAGAAGAGAAUAGUAUUCUUUGUUCUUGACUAGGAGCACUAAUGUUAUCCAUUCUGUGCCAAUUCUAGCAUUUUAGAUAGUAAUUCAUGAGAGGAAAAAAAAACUAACCUUGUUUUUGGGAAUCAAUGUUUUAAUUUGAACAAGUAAUUAAUAUGAUUCUUUUAUUUAUUUUUUUUAUUAUUAGUUGUUCAAAACAUUACAAAGCUCUUGACAUAUCAUAUUUCAAACAUUUGAUUCAAGCAGAUUAUGAACUCCCAUUUUUACCCCGUAUACAUAUUGCAGAUUCACAUUGGUUCCACAUCCACUUUUUUACAUAUUCUAAAAUAUGAUUUACAUAUGACAUUAUCCUAUACAUUGUAAUCCUUUUUAGGUAUAAUGCAGGGUAUGUUAAGUAGAAAAUUUUUUCUGAUGUUUUCAAUGUUUGCUUUUAUUUCUGUUUACAUCCCUAUUGCUUUUUCUCUAAAUAUUUACAGCUUAAAAAUGUGAGUCUAUUAAAAGAGUACUUUUUGAUGAUUUUUUUGUGUUAUCUUUUAAUGUGAUACCAUAGAGUACACAAGAGAAGCAUAAAAUAUUUUAUGAGAGAUUUAUAAUCUGAAGGAUUUUCUUCUCACAUUACUCAGUUUCAGGUACUUUAAUACUGCUAAGUUCCUUCCCAAAUGCAGUACAAUGAGAACAUUUUAUUGAGGAUUGGAUGAGAAAUGAAACCAUUGUCAGUUUAAACAACUGGAGAAAGAAUCUUUUAUCUUCAAAGGCUGACUUAAGAUGACGACAAGGGUUUGAGGAGAUUUAAUACUGACAUUUGUGUAAAAAUGCAUCUUCACAUGGAAGAUUAUUAAUAACAAGUCAGCAUUUCAUCAGAGUAUAAAUAAGAAAGGAUUUUAAUAUACUUCUCUGCUUGGAGCGUGGUCAAUUUUUGGAUAUAAAUUUGAACAGUGAUCAGAGUUUCAAUCCAGUGAGGUCAGGAAAAGAGAAAAAUAAGAAAGAGUGAUUUAAAUGUUUUAGAAGAUUAUAAUUCCCUUUAUUUAUGAAUUUGUAACCCGGAGAAAAUAAUUGUACAGAGAAAUCAUGCCUGUUUCUAUUAUUUUGGUAUUCCUUUGGAAAGUUGUGAAGGUGUCAGGUGGUCCACCAGGUGGUAGUAGUGAUCUGCUUGGGAGGGGGAAGAAUUACUGCUUAAUUUUUCCGUGAAAUGCCCUUUGUCCUGUCUCCCAAUGAUGUAAUGUCAGAGUCUCACAAAUAAAGUGGAUAAUUUCAUCAGACAUCUGUGAUGCCUCAGAUUUGGCUGCCUCUUUGCCCAGGCACAGUGAGAUUACUAUUGAAGUCACCAGUGGGGACCAGUUACACAGUGUGUUUGCCAGUAAUUAAUACAAAACUGGCUUUUCACUGCAUUGCCAGUAAAUAAGAAUGCAUACCCGGCAUCCCUUUUCUCUGAGACCGUUAGACCACGUCUUCUUUUUGUAACCUGACAUUAAUAGAGGCUUUUCCACUGCAUUCUUCAAGGUUAAAGUGCAUGUUGGGUAUAUAUUUUUUUAACUUGAAACAUUUUUACUCAAACAUUUAAUAAAAAAUUUUAAGAUGGAUUUUAAGGAUAUAGCAUUUCUUAUUUUCUGCCGUGUAACAGUAGAAGCCAGAAUCAAAAGAAGAGAGCAGACCAAGUAUAGAAAAGGGGGUAAAAAUGAUUUUACUCUAAAUCAUUAUGUCUUAUACACACACACACACACACUCAUCCCUUAUUCGUUCUCAUCCCUUAUUCUUUCUGGUAGUUACAUGGGAAUACCCAAUUUCCCAGUGGAAAAAGGACAACAUGAACUGUUUAUGCCAAUGGAAUGUUUUGCUGGGUAUUGUAAACAAACAAUGUCACAAAUAGACUAUGUACUUAUCAUAUUAAAAUUACAUUAGCAAUGAUGACAGUUUUGUAGUAUGAGAUUAUGUUGUAACAUAUCAUUCACCAAGUUGAAUAAUCAUACACACUGAAUACACAGUUAAGGAGAUCCCAGCUACAGCUUUUAUGAGUACACAUCGUGGGUUUGUUACAUGCUAUGUUUCUAUGAAAUCUGUGAGUAAAUGUAGAAACAUAUUGAAAUUCUUCCUCUCUCUUUUUAGAGUUUUCUUGGUAAGGGGUAGUCAGAGUAAUCCCAAAACUUUCGUCCUGUCAAUGAGUCAUGAACAAAAAAUAAAGUACUUUCGAAUUAUACCACUAAGUAAUUUGUGAUUUCACAUUCGUAUAUUAGAUAUGAUCUUAAUGCAUAAGCUUUUGGAAACUUUGUUUUUCUGUUGUUCCUUUUAUUAAAUAUAAUGUUAGGUUCUUGUGCUUUGACCAGAGUUAAGUUUGACAGAAAUGGUUUUAUGAGCCUGAAUUAAUAUAAGAAAUAGAGGAAUUGUAAAAAUUAAAUUUAUCUUUUUUCCACAAAAUAAGAUUUAGCAAUAUUGUAUAGACUCCAUGCCACCUAUUAUUAAAAGGCAACUAAAGAUUCUUUUUUCUGAGUUCUAACCAUUCCUCAAAAAAAACAUUAUUUAAAAACCCUUUUUCUUCUCUUCUCUCAAAGACAUUUUUUGCUAUUAUUGUUGCUAGUUUUUGUUCAUUUGUUUUAAAUUAUUUGUAUAGAAACUCAGGAACUGUGAAAUUGGUGAACUUUAAAUAAUCCUGGGAACAUUUUUAAAAUAUCUGUGACUCUGUUUUUGGCUGGCACAACUUGCUUUGGGGUUUUUUUUGCUUCUGCUGUUGUGUGUCAGAAUGUGCACAUAUGUACAUAUGUGACGUGCACAUUGGAAUCAGGCAGAGUAAAACAGAUUCAAUCUUCUUUCAGGAAGGUCUUAUUUAAAUUACUAAUGCUUUCCUUCGAAUUGCCUCUUUUUCAAAUCAUCCAAAGGCCAUAUAGAGUACCAACCCUGCUUCUUUGAUUAUUUGAUCAGUGUCCUCAGCAAGUAUGAGUGUUUAAUGCUAGAAGACUUCACCACCAAACAAAAAAAGUCAACUGGCAUUCCAUUAGCAUAAUAUUUUAUUGCUUCAGUGUGGUGAGCCGCUUCUGCCGUUUCUGCAGACUAUGUUCGCCAUUACAAGAUGGCGCUAGCUCCGCUGUGGUCUGUGACAAACAACUCCUUAUUUGGGAGAGUUGGCGCAUGGUUUUUCACCACCCUAUGAGAAAGCUCCACGUGGCAGCUUCGCAUUGGGGCUUGAGAUGCUUUAUUAAGGCUGGGAGGGGCAUCCAAGAGAGAGAAAAAGAAAUAUCAAGGGCCUGAAUAAACUGCUGAAAGAAGAUUCCUGAGUUGCGUCUUCCUUGCGGGCAAGGGGUCGCGACAAGUGGUGCCGAAACCCGGGAACCAGAACUUUCAGCAGUCAGGGGUGGUACACCGGUUAGUCCCAGGUAAGUGGGAUCCGCGACCAAAGCGGGGUUAAUCCCAAUAAGUGGGAUCUGCGACCAAAGCGGGGUUAGUCCCAGGUAAGUGGGAUCCGCGACCAAAGCGGGGCAGCUCCUCUGUAAAGAAAGAGAGAGCAUUACAUUUUAUUGCAGCUGCACUGUGUACUUUCGCUUCUACUUUCGCUUUUGUUUUCUGUGUUUCUUUUGUUGUGUCAUUUCGCUUUUGUUUUUUGUGCUUCUUUUGUUGUUGUGUCAUGGGUGCCGCAUCUUCAAGUCUGCUUCUCCUGGCCCUAGAUGGCCUGUUACGUUCAAAGGGCCUGGAAGUGAAACAUAGUACUUUACAGAGAUUUUUACAGAAGAUAGAUAUCGCUGCACCAUGGUUUGCAUUUUCGGGCAGCCUUACUGUACCUAGUUGGGAUAAAUUAGGCAAAGAUCUUGACUUUGCUUCUGAGCAGGGCAUAUUAGAGGGUGGGGUGAUACCCCUUUGAAAAAUGGUCUGUAGUUGCCUUACAGAUGACAGAUGUCAGGAAGCACUUACUAAAGGACAGGAAGUUCUAGAGCAAUUACAUGAGGAGAAAUCGGAGACGGCAAAAAGUGAGGUGCCUCAGGAGGAUGGGAGUAUGCGGAGCGUGAAACAGGGGAGGAAACAAUUGUCUCCGGCAAGAAGUGAGGUAUCUCAGAAGGAUGGGAGUAUGCAGAGCGUGAAACAGGGGAGGAGACAAUUGUAUCCAGAUCUCAGUACGCUGCACACACCCCCAUGUGAAAGUGGGUCAGAGGAAGAGGAGGAUGAAGAGGAAGAGCUCGGGAGGCUGUCUCGUCAGCUAGAGAGUUUAGCUAUAGGAGAAGGGAACAGAAAUAAACAGGGGCUCAAGAAAAGCGAUCCCCCAGAUCCACCGCCAUAUGGUGGGGGUGUUUCGGGGAGAGCUUUCCAUGCCCAAACAUGGAGGGCUAUUAACGCUGAGAUGGGUCUUGCUUAUCCAGUUUUUCAGGAUGACAAUAGGGGAAGAUUCCAUAAACCCUUAGAUUUUAAAAUUGUGAAGACCCUGGCUGAGUCUGUGCGCACUUAUGGGGUGAAUGCCGCCUUCACACUAACUCAGGUGGAGAGUCUGUCUAGAUACUGCAUGACUCCCUCUGACUGGGCUAGCCUUGUUCGGGCUUGUGUUUCCCUGGGUAAAUAUUUGGACUGGAGAGCAUUUGUGCUAAAGGGCGCAAUAGAGCAGGCCGCCCAAAACCAUGCGGCGGGACACCCCCAUUGGGACAAGGAUAUGCUUUUGGGGCAAGGUAGAUUUGCAAAUCAACAGACAGGAUUUCCUCUUGAGGCAUAUGAUCAAAUUAACAACAUUUACAUUCGGGCAUGGAAGUCGCUUCCAAAUAGAGGAGAGGUAUCUGGUAAUUUGACCAAGAUUCUACAAGGCCCUACAGAACCCUUUUCAGAUUUUGUAGCAAGGAUGGUGGAUGCCGCUAAAAAGAUUUUUGGGGAUCCUGAUAGAGCCAUGCCCCUUAUCAAGCAAUUGGUCUUUGAGCAAUACACCAAGAAAUGUAAAGCGACAAUCACUCCUUAUAAAAAUAAGGGCAUAAAAACAUGGAUGAAAAUAUAUAAAGAGAUCGGAGGACCUUUAACUAAUGCAGGUCUUGCAGCUGCUGUACUUCGGAUUGCCUUUUGCAAUCCUGGUGCCGGAACAUGCUUCCAUUGUGGUCAACCCGGUCAUUUCAGACGUGAAUGUCCCAAAAAAGACAAUUUUACUGGACCUCCUCACGGUGGCCCUUCCAAUGGCCUUCGUCAACCGGGGCUAUGUCCAAAAUGUAAAAAGGGAAAACAUUGGACAAAAGAGUGUAGAUCAGUGAGGGACAUCCAUGGACAGCCUAUUUCAGCUGGGCCAAAAAACGGCCGAAGGGGCCCCCGACCCCAGGGCCCACAAAUAUAUGAGGCAAUGGAGAAUGUCACACCCGAACCCGAGACAUAGCCAUCUCUGCGCCAUCCCAUGAGACGCGGAGAGCCACUACAGGUGCCGCGGGAUUGGACCUCUGUUCCACCUCCAGACUCGUAUUAACACCUAAGAUGGGAGUCCAAUUGGUGGAAACUAAGUUCAAAGGGCCUUUACCACCUGGCACUGUAGGUUUGCUAAUUGGACAUGCAUCCUCUAUCUUACAAGGUCUUCAUGUCUUUCCCGGAGUCAUUAGCCCUGAUACUGUAGGGGCAGUAAAGGUUAUGGUGGAGGCUCCAAGGGGCAUUGUGUCUAUCUCCCCAGGGGAUCGGAUUGCUCAAUUACUAAUUUUGCCUAGCUUACAUAAUCACUUCCCUGCUGACUCAAGGUCACGGACGGGAAGUGAGAUUGGUACCACCGGAGGGAAUUGUGUCUAUUUGUCACUAGAUAUGAGCAAUUGCCCCACUUUGGAAUUAAGCAUAGAAGGUAAAUCUAUUGUGGGAUUGCUGGAUACAGGACCAGACCGUAGUAUCAUAGCCCUUAAGGACUGGUCUAAGGGAUGGCCAGUGCAGACUUCUGAUCAAUCCCUGAGAGGACUUGGAUAUGCCCAAGCCCCUCAAAUCAGCUGUAGACAUCUAUCUUAAAAAGACCCAGAAGGACACAAUGACACCUUUCAGCCUUAUGUACUUGAUUUACCUAUCUCUUUAUGGGGCCGUGAUCUGAUGAAAGACAUGGGGUUCACUCUUAGUAAUGACUAUUCCCCAAUGUCUCAACAAAUUAUGCAAAAUAUGGGGUAUAGGCCAGGUCUAUGACUAGGAAAACACCUACAGGGGCGCAGGCAUCCUAUGCAAGGUCAUCAAAAGCUUAACAGAUUUGGUCUGGGUUUUUCCUAGGGGCCACUGGGGCUCAAAUACCCAUAACAUGGCUCACCGAGGAGCCUGUUUGGGUGCCUCAGUGGCCUCUUCCCUCGGUUAAAUUGGCAGCAGCCCAUGAUCUAGUCAAAGAACAACUUGACUUGGGUCACAUCCAACCUUCUACUUCUCCAUAAAAUACUCCCAUAUUUGUUAUUAAGAAAAAAUCAGGAAAGUGGCGCCUACUGCAUGAUCUACGAGCAGUUAAUGCUCAAAUGCAACUUAUGGGGCCCAUUCAAAGAGGGCUGCCUCUGCUCUCCUCUGUUCCUCAGGGCUGGCAUAUUAUUGCUAUUGACAUUAAAGACUGUUUCUUUUCUAUUCCUUUGCAUCCUAAAGACUCACAGCGUUUUGCCUUCACCGUUCCCUCGUGUAACCACGAGGAACCAGAUCAAAGGUUUGAAUGGGUAAUGUUGCCGCAGGGAAUGGCUAAUAGUCCCAUGAUGUGCUAGAUGUAUGUGGGGAAGGCACUCGCACCUCUCAGACAUAAGUAUUCCUCCAUCAAGAUCAUUCAUUAUAUGGAUGAUGUGUUAUUGGCCGCUAAGUUAGAGCAGACAGUUAAUGAGGCCUAUAAAGAAUUAGUAAAGCUGUUAGCUCAA